AUGCGAGAAAUGCUUUCCUUGUGGCCUGUUGAAGAUGUCAAAGUUCUAGUUCAGGAAUAUGAAGUAUCAUCUAUGAUAAAAGAACUGUCUUCAGCCGCUUCACUUGCAAGGCCUACUGCUCACUCUCUACGUUAUGACCUGUCGCGCCUCUAUGACUGUAAGUUUUGUACAGAUGUUGACCUUAUCUUCAAAAACAACUGUUUUCCUGUUCAUCGAGCCAUACUGUCAGCAAGAAGUCCUUUUUUCAGAACAUUAUUGUCACAGCAGCCUGAGUAUGGAGCUCAAGUUCAUGUCAAGUUGAAAACCCCAGAUAUUGAUGUUGGGCUGUUCUCUUCUUUGCUUAGGUAUUUAUAUUCAGAUGAUUUUGUUGAAGAAAAUGUGGGAAAUGCUGAACUGCUUGGUCAGCUUGCAAAAGAGUUUGGCGUUCCUAAUGCCUUGGAACAUGACAUGAAACUACUACUUGACUCUGGUGAACUCAGUGAUGCUGUGCUGAUAUUCUCCAUGGACUCAGAUACUGGGGAUUCAUCCUCUUGUCAUCACUCUAAUGACUCCUAUCAUUGCAUGGCUCAAAGUGUUCAUGGGCCCAGUAGGACUUCCAGAUUUGAAUUUCCAUGUCACAGAGCUAUAAUUGCCUCCAGGUCACCAUUCUUUAGAAAUUUGAUAAACAGGAGAGCUAAAUCUGGAGAAGAGCUCACAGAAAGAACUUUAAGGACUCCUUCUAGAAUUAUACUUGAUGAAUCUGUGAUACCUCGUCGAUAUGCAUUUGUGUUGCUGACAGCAUUAUACCAGGAUACCGUGGACAUGGGCUGUGUGCUCAAGGGAAGUCCCAGUUUAUGCAGCUUGAGUGAAAUUCAGGCUAUGGUUUCCACAGGACGCUGCCAGAUGACUGUCCUAGAUGAGGCCAUGGAGUUAUACCAGAUUGGCCAGUUUUUGGACACACAGAUUAUAUCUCAAGGCUGUGAGGAUAUAAUAGUUGACAACCUAACAUCCGAGUCCUUGGUCAGUGUGCUACACUGGAGUGCCGAACCUCAUGGCUCAAAGUGGGUCCAUCGACAGGCUGUGGCAUUCUUGACUGAGGAAUUUGCCCAGAUUUCCCACUCACCUGUGUUAUUUGACAUAGAAAAGGAGUACCUAAUAGAGGUGUUGUCGUCAGAUAAUCUACAGUCCAGUGAACAAGAUGUUUUAAAUAGUGCGAUCAGAUGGGGAGAACAUCAGUUAACUAAAAGAAUUGAGGAGAGAGAACCAAAUCUGCUUUCCCACACUGCCCAUAGUGUUACGAAAAAGGGUGUAAAAAAGAGAGAUCUCAAUGAUGCAGAACUUCAUGAUCUACUCUCAGAGAUCCUUCCGCUGGUGCGCACAGAACACAUACUGCCUCCUGUAAAUGAUGUUUUAAAUAAUGCUAUCAAACGAGGGCUGGUGGAGCCACCUUCUGCAUAUUCUUAUCCUGACAAUAUGGUACUACACACCAUUGGAGCGUGGACUGGAAUAACUGCAAGUGGAUAUUUCCGGAAGCCAAGGCUAUUUCUUCCUUAUUUUGAGGAAGCAAAGAAUGUCCUGGAGGAAAGGCUGUCUCAGGACUGUGACUCGGGUCAGAAGUGUAGAGCUAUUCACAUGUCAGCUAUACCUGACACAUUGUACAUGCUGGAGGACAAGGAUGCCUCAUUAACACUGCCUUACUCAGGUUCCCCUGUGUCAACAUUAGAUGUUGUUUCUGGAUCCAUACCAGUGCCAGACAGAGCAACUUUUAUGAAAAUGCUGGAACGAGAGCAAGAAUUGCAGCAGUUAAAAUCAGCCCAGGAAGCUACUUCAUUAGUUUGCACUGACAAAAGAAGUGUUAGAAAAAGUGUUGCCUUUCAUAUACAGUUGCGUGUUGUCAGAGAGUUUGGUUUGCCAGACAGCGCUGUUGAAAUUCUGCAAAACAGUCAUUAUUAUUAUUCCAACAGCAGUUCUAAGUGCCGCUGUAGACAUGUGGGUUGUGUGCAGUCACAGGGCGGUCAUCAGUUGAGGCAGUAUCAUUUCUUGAGGAACUCUAGCCCGAACAUGACUCAGACCUUGCCUUCAAGGAAUUUAGAGAGAAACAACUGUGCGGAGAGCACCCUAAGUGACGUCAUGCCAGACAUUGCCAUAGCCACAACGUCACUGUCACAGAUUUCAGUGUUUGCAGAUUCUGAUGUACUGGACCUAGGAAAUGGCAGCAGGGACAAAAAUAGUACAGUGUAUAUUUAA